AUGCAAUUAAUUUACAUCAUAGUACCUUUGAUUGCCGUCGCUAUUGCUUUCUUCUUUUUGAGCGGUGGAAAUUCCCGACCAGAAAAGCUCAAAACCACUACUUCUACCUCUGAUAAGAAGAAGAAGAGCAAAAAGACAGAGAAAAAGGCAUCCAGUGUUUCUGCUGCUGUUUCUUCUGACGAAGAGCCAAGCAAGGCCACCGAUGAAAUUCAAUCUUUGGAUGUUGCCGAGCUUUAUGGAUUGAACAAGAGUAGCAAGAAUCAAACUGCUCAAGUGGCCGACUCUAAGAAGCAACCACAACAACAACCAUCUACAAAGCAAACCAAGAAGCAACAACAACAAGAAAAGAAGGAGGAACAAGAAUCCUCUGAGGAUUUCCAAGUGGUUAAGAGACCUGAAGUCACCGGUCGUAAGAAGGAUGAAACCAAGAAACAAUCCGAACAACAACAAAACGACAAGAAGAAGAAGAAGCAAAACGAAAACAAGUCUAUUUUCAAAAAGUUCGAAGAGCCAAAGAAGGAACAAUCAUCAUCUGCUUCGGAUGAAGAUGAAACCGAUGCAAAGAAGAAAAAGACUACAAAAAAGGCUUCAGAAUCCAAGUCUGUUGAAUCGUCAUCAGCAACCAAUGGAAAGAAAAAGUCAGCAGAAAAGUCUCAACCAGCUAAACAAGUGGAAAGUGACGAAGAGGAAAGCGAGGAAGAAGUUGUCGAAAAGAAGACAACAACCUCAACUGCUCAAUUACCAAAGGUUGAAAAGAGAAAGACUAUUAUCAGAGAUCCUUAUGCUUCCGAACAAGAUUUCUGGGAUGACAAUGUCAAGGAAGUUACCAAGCAAGAAGUUGAAGUGAAACCUGCCACCAUCACAACCACUGCUGCUGUCUCCAAGAAAUCCUCUAAUGUUGGCUCAUCAGCCAAAAUUCUUGUGAACAACACCGAGUCCACUUCAACUGCUUCAUGGUCUCAACAAGAAGCUGGAUCACAAUCUACCGAUUCCGAUGAUUCCAAUUUCCCAAAGGUCGGAGCAAAGAAGGUCAAACAAUCGAAACAAACUAAGGGAGCUGCUUCAUCAGAAGUUUUGGUUCAAUAA